UUGAAUAUACAUGUAUGUAUAAUGAAAUAUACUAUCACUCGAGUAGAUAUAGACGAAAUGUUUUAGACUUUGAAUGAAUAGUUUUUUGACGAGUUGUGAGGUUUUUCUUUUUAAAAUGGAUAAGGUCCUAAGCUUUGUUUUCCUGUCUUUGAUGGCGGGGUGUGUUUCGGGUUUAAAUUCUGAGAGAUACAUCCCCCAACACUGUAAGAUGGUGAACCCCAACACGCCGUGUGUGUGUAAAGACGAGUAUGGUAACUAUGUGGACCUACGGCCUCUCGCAUGGAAAAAUAAGACCGCAAGAUUCAUGGACCAUCCACCAGCAGACGACGAUGGUCACGUGUAUUCUUUUAAUCCCUGUUACGGCUUCCUUGAGAAAUACCUUAAUGAUACGUCAGGAUGCCUCAAUGUCGCGAGCUGUCGUGUUAACAAAGCAAGGACCGAGUUUGUCGACAUUGGAAUUCAACAAGGUGCAGUAUUUGGCCAUUUUGACAAUGGCAACCUCUCGUUAACGUACAUUUCCAAAGAUAAGAAAAGGACCACAAUUCUGUCUCUUUAUUGCGAUUUGAAUCAAGAGAAGAGCACUUUGCGAGCAGUGGGGGACAUGGGCAGAUUUUAUUGGUUGCAGUUGCGUAGUAAACAUUGCUGUCCAAUGAACGAGUCAUCUAUUCGAGCUUAUCUGGGAAAUGACCUCACGCUGGGUGCAGACAAAGCGGGAAAUAUUACCGUGGUGCCCCAGCCACCGACCGUGCCGUCCCCAGGGGUCGUGACAAUCACUCAAGGGCCCAGUCCCGACACCAGAGAUCUACGGAAAAUCACGCUCCUCUUGACAGGGAUUUUAAUCAUGUGCUCUGUGAUUCUGUUGGUACUAGUAGGAGGACUAUUCUGGCAGUACCUUAGGAGAAAACCUUACUCACAGUACACUAUGAUUCCAACGGAAGACAUAUUGGAAAACCAGAAAUAUCCGUACUAAAUGGGUGUUCUAAAACUGAUGUAUCUGAUAGAAAAUUGUAAAAUAUAGACUACUUUUCUGCAGAUUAAAUUGAGGAUAUUUUUCCACUAUUUGAUAAUAGGUCUACUACCUAUGUUGAAAUAAUGAUAUUUUAACUUCUUUUUUUUUUUUUUUUUUAUAAAAACCAUUUGUAUAUAUAAGCUUUGAUUGGAAAUUGCAUUAUUGUAAUAUUUGUGUAGCUACCAUUGUAACACUUCAACAUUGCGAACUUUGUAUCCAGUAUCCAGUAAACGCACUUUAGCAAGUUAUCACAACAACCAUGUCGAUCAUAUUUCUCACAAGAUUAUUUUGUAACAAACAGUCGACUGUAAAUGAUUUUCUGUUUCAAAUUUCACCUUUCGAUAUAUAUCUCUACAUGUACGUUACAUGUAUAUUUGAUUGUUGUGUGGAUGUGAGUAAACGAUUCCAUCUUAUGUUACCACGAAAAAGGGACAUCAAAAGCAACAGUUUAUAGCACCUAUUUACAUAUGUAAAUUACUCUGUUCCAUGCUUUUGUUUGUCGUAGGGCUAUUACAUACACCGCGGAGAAAUUUACAAUAAAACUUUAAGAUACUCAAGGUAAUAUUGAUUCAGUUUGCCUUAAGGAUGACGUUUACUCAGAAUGAAA